AUGAGUGAUCUAGGGUUGAUGAAGGUUCGGCUACACUAUGGAGGCGGCGUUAUGGAACGUAAAGAUAACAAGUUUUUCUAUCGGGGAGGAUUAGUGAAUAAAGACAUUGCUAUUGAUCCAGAUUACAUGACAUGGUCGCUGUUUGAAGGAUUCUGUGAAGACAAUGGGUUAAACGGUGUGGUGAAACAUGUCUGGUACAAGCUUCCACAAGAAUCUAUCGAUUUGGUGAAAGUGAUAUCCAAAGUCACUCCAGAUGCUUCUAUUAAUCAGAUGUGUUGUGAAGCUAUGAAAGUAGGUGGCGUUGAUAUCUACAUUGAGCAGAGUGUUGGUGAAAAGGUUGAUGAUCAAGUACCAAAGGAUGGUGAAGAAAAUAGAGGUGAAGAAGACAUAGGUGAUAAAAAUGCUGGUGAAGAAGACAGCGAUGAAGAAGACAAAGACGAUAAAGGUCAGAACAGUGGAGAGUCGUCAAAUGCUCGUGAUGAGGGUGAGGAAGAAAUCAUCAAAGAAGUAGGAGAUGAUAUUCCAUUUCAGUCACUCUUUGGGGAUAUCCGUGAUGAGGAAGUUAGAGGUGGCAGUAGUGAUGAAGUUAGAGGUGGUGCUAGUGAAGAAAUUAGAGGUGGAGCUUAUGAUGAUGAAGAAGAAUCUGAGAGGCAAUUAAAAGAUGAUGAACAUCCGGCUCCUGCUGUUGACACUGAUGAUGAAUGGGAAGACUUCAAUCGACAGGAAAAAGUGAUUUCGAGAACUACAUACAGCAACGAUAAGCCUCCUUACCUGUGGUUAAUGCAGACAUUCAAGAGUGAAGAAGAGUUCAAAGACCAGCUAUGGGAGAAAACAAAGUUGGGAGCCAUUUGUACAAAAGAAAGAUGCGAGUGGAAGAUUUAUUGCUCAGUUGAGGAGCCAAAGGGGAAGUGGAUGGUGAAAUCUUAUGUGGAUAAACAUAACCAUCUCAAGAGUAGCAAAGCAAAGAUGUUGAAGCAAGUUUCUAAGUGGAUAUGCACGAAAGCAAGAAGAAUGGCUCUAGACUUGGUUAUAGAAACGCAGAGGGAACAAUUCGCCAAACUAUUCUACAUCUGUUUUGAGAAUCUGAGGAACACAUGGAAGCAUUGUUGCCGCCCUAUUAUUGGACUUGAUGGGGCGUUUAUGAAAUGGGAGUUAAAGGGUGAGAUUCUUGCAGCUGUUGGACGAGAUGCGGAUAAUAGGAUUUAUCCUAUAGCUUGGGAAAUGGAUUCACUAUCAUAUCCGACAAGUAGAAAGUUCUAUGGAGCGUUAGAGUACGAAGAUUAUUUCGGGGCAAUUGCAUACAACUUCACUAAAGGUGAUUAUCAGUUCAAUUUGCACGCUUUAGAAGUGUUCGAUGCAAAAGCACACGAGGACUUGCUGAAAACAGAACCGAAGACAUGGUGUAGAGCGUUUUUCAGUCCACAUGCACGACGCGAGGAUGUGUGUAACAACCUCUCAGAAAGUUACAACAGAACAAUCAGGGAAGCUCGUAAGUUGCCAUGGAUUAACAUGCUCGAGGAGAUUAGGAGGCUUGCAAUGAAGCGUUGUUGUCCCCGUGGAAGAGGGAGAGGGCUUGGUCGAGCUCGUGGAAGUGAGCGUGAGCCUCCUAUUCCAAGAGAGUCUGGUUGCUAUAUUGCUCAUUUCUCUGGUCGUGUGUUUGAUGUAUGGGGGCCUGCUCCACAAUGUUCUCAAGAACAACCACCUCAAGACUCUUAG